AGGAAGAAGAGGCUGAGGGGGCCAGGAGGAGCGUGAAGCCGAUGGUUUGGAUGGUGUUGAGUGUUGUUGCUACGCUGGAGGGGAGGAGGAUGUUGAGGGGGGGUUUUGGAUAUCGUGAGUCUCUUCAUCACCGCCCCCAUUUCAUUUAGAUUCAUUUUAUUACACCUUCCUGGUUCAAUUGGCCGCUUACAUAAUUGUCGCUGUCACGGUCCUGCUGGUCAGAUUAAAGAACUUCCGGCGCGCGAAACGGAAACCGGAAGAGCAGUAUAAUUGGUGGGAGUUGUUUGUCAUGGGACUCAGGAUCAUUGUAUCGUCUUGCUUUGCGGGGCCGGCAACCUUGUAUGGUGUUAAGGCGCUCAUGCUUUAUUCGAAUUUGCCUGUGUUGGCUAUGCUACCGAUCUUGACUUAUGCUUGCGACAGCAUAUAUUUCAGGUUGGCUCAUGUUUGCCGCUUGCUGCCUCGAGGACAAAACAUCUCCUUCGGGCACUUUCCAAAAGUUAUUCUGGUCAUCAUCGGCGGCGUGCUGCUGGUUUGCCUAGACUAUCGUCUCGAUAUCCAAGCUUUGCUUUACGCUUUAGCUAGCAUCGGGCUCUUCAGUCUUGCGAAAGUCCUCUCGAGAAUCGGUCCGGAGAUCGAAUCCAAAGGCACCCAAUCCUGGGACGGCCCCUUGCACGUUUAUUUACUUGCUGGCAUUGCCCCCUUGAUCAUGUCGGGCCUCGCUACAGCGAAACUCGAGAAUCUGGUUAUGGCUGGUCAUAUCACCCAGCCUUGGACAAUUCUCUACUGGCUACUCAAUAUUGGCCCGGCCGUUGUUCUUCAUGCUUGUUUCAGCAGCUCCUUGAACUCAGCAUACCCGUUCAUAUCGGACGAGCACAUAGGUGGCGCUUUGGAAGAGCCAAGCGAGCCCGCAAGAGAGGCCGUCACCACCACGCUCCAAUCCGGCUUCUGGAUCCUCAUCAUCGGCGUCCUAUCACAAGAACACAAUUUCAUCGACUGGCUCCAAGUCCUCGCCUUCACCCUCAUCUACACUGUCUGCGUCGGACCCAAACACAUCGGCUACUAUCCCCCUCGCAUCCUAAACCUCCUCCUGCGCCUCUUCCGCCGCCGGCCUUUCCCCAUCCACUCCGCCCCCUGGCAAUUCCCCUUCUUCCUUGCCACAACAACGCUCAUUUUCUCCGUCCUCAUCAGCACAAACGUCUUGCACUGGGUUGACACAAUCGCCUUUGACCGCUCGGUCCGCACCUUCCACGUCCCGGCUGAACCUAACCUGGAUCAGAUUUACCGUCCGCCGAUAGUGCUUUCUUUUGAAGUGGUGAUCGCGCAUUCGGCUGGUGAUCCAGUCGAGGCCAUCACGGCACUCAUGAACACGGUGCAACACCACCGGUAUCUCAACUUCCUCAAACCCCAUAUCAAACUUUACUCUAAAGACAGCAUGUUCAACUCCUCCACGACGGCACCAGAUACCGACGACUUCAGAGGUUUUUUCAAAGGCAACCUGACCGUCACGCCGCUCCCUAACGUCGGCGGAACCACGGCCUCCCUCUUGCAUCACAUCCUAAACAGCUGGGACUGGCUGCCUGUGCAAACUUUAUUCCUCUCCACGAGCACUAUCACCAACAACCCCUCUUCUUUACCCCUGAUGAGCCAACAUCUGAACAAGUACUUCACGCCCAUGACUUUCCCCCUCCCGGACGCCCUCCCAAAAACCGGCUUCCUAUCUCUCGGGCCACAAGAAAUCUGCAAUUCAUGCGAGCGUUGCUUCGACUCUUUCGGGUGGGAGGACUCGUUCCACCUCUUCCCUUCCAUGUUCGGCGCUGCGAACAGGAAGGAGAAGGUCUGCGAUUCUGUUCUGCUGACGCACGGGAAUAAUUUCGUUGCUUCGGCGGCACGGAUCCGCGGGGUUGACAAGGAAGUGUAUCAGCUCCUGUACGACGCGCUUGUUAAAGCCGACAUCAAGAAUUCGUGGGCGCACUCUAAAGAGAAGUUGCCGGUCAUGCUGGAGGGGGAGAAGAAGGGAGAAGGAAGUAGGUGGGGUCAAGGAGGCGUUUAUGGGAUUCCCGACUCGUUGGAGAGGCCCUGGUUGGGCAUGACGGUCGAGAGGUUGUGGGGUGUGCUGUUGCAGUGCUCGGAGGGCAGGAUUGCGUGGGGGUGUGCGGGGUUCGGGAAGGGGAGGUUGCGUGGCGGGAAGGAGGAUUGUGGGUGUAUUGAAUAGAGGCUCUCCCCACUCCCUCACUCCCUCAUUUGAAUUUGGAAUUUAUUUGGAAUUUGGAAUUCGGAAAAGUGGUGAAGUGUAUUAUAUGCGUUCUUAAGAUUGCAUGGAUGGAGUUCUGGGCAUUUUGGGAGAUUUUGGAGAAGGGGUUGGAUAGGCGUAAGAUGGAGGGAUGGCUAGUAGAGAAGUUUUGGGAAAAGGAGUAUGGACGAAGGAAAGAAUU